GGCGCUUCAAGUCUUCGUGUUUGUCGUUGUAGCGCUUUGAUCUUAACUUGAAUAAAUUGUGUUUGUCAAUUAUCAAAACCUGUGAGUCAAUACUUAAGAACACAGAAAGGGUUGAACUCAUGCAUUCCAACACACAUUGCAAGGCUCGGAUAGCAAGGCUAAGGAUAUGGAAGCACCGGAAGGCAGCAUGGGAAAGAGAUGAUCCGGAGGAAACGUUCAGCGUGGACUCUGCCAACAGUAUCUGCGGCACAGGUGUGGAUAUUCCUCCAGUGGACUCAGCCCGACGAGACGAGGAGGUCAUGCUUUCGUGCGCCUACUACAGUGGUCCCGUACAGGAACCUUCGGGAUCCAAUGGGUUUUCAUCAGGUGGACCUUGUGCUGUCCCACAUGGGGAGCUUGAGCACGUGAGCGUGCACACGGAAGCGUCAAGCUUCACACCCCAGCAGGCCCCAAGGAAGGUAGUCCCGGGCGCGGGCCCUGUUCCAGAAGGCGUCCCCAUCAACCAACCGCAGUUCGCGGCUAACUUCAUGAACUUCCUCCAGCAGAUGGCUGGCGCGAGCAGCGUGGCGACCUCAUCUGCACCAGCUGCCUCAGCUCCAGCAGCGCAGCCUGCCCAGAGUCAGAAGUAUGUGGCAGCAUCCAGCCAGCCCAAGUUGCAAGCAUCUGGAGGCCAAGCGGGGAAGGCCCCGGCCCGUACUUACGUGAUGCGAGGGCGUACUGAGCAGCCAGCUCAUGACGUCAUCAUGGGUAUGUUUACCUUAUUCGAUACAUCCAUCACAACAUUAAUUGAUCCGGAUUCUACUUUAUCAUAUGUUUGUAUGCUUAUGCCUGUUGUGCCUAACAUUCCAAGGGAAGACUUGGAUGAUCUGGUAAUCGUGUCCAACCCAUUGGGACAUAGUCUACAACUCACCCAUUUGUAUCACGACUGUCCAUUAGUGGUCCAGGGAAAAACCUUCCCUGCAAGUCUCAUUGAGCUCGCACAUCGUGAGUUUGACGUUAUUCUAGGAAUGGAUUGGCUCAUUGCCAACCAAGUCAUUGUUGAUUGUGGAGCACAUACUGUUCGACUGAGAGCCAAAGAUGGUAGCGACAUUCUGAUCCGUGGCGAGCUUCUUCCGAAAGCUCCGGAAUUCAUCUCAUACAUUCAUGCUCGCCGACUCAUUCACAAGAAGUGCGAAGCGUUCGUGUGCACAGUGCGUGACACUCGUUAGGAGGCACCUCGUAGGGAAGACAUCCCUACG